UUCACAGUGGGAAGUGUGGGCCAUAUAACAUCCAAGUGAAAAGUUUGAACACUUUAAUGGAGGACGACAAGGUUUCUGACGAGAAGGGACAGUUAUGGCCAUGUUGGAGGCCAUAAGGAAACCUAUGGCCUGUUGCAGUGAGGAAGAGAUGGAGGAGGAGGACAAGGAGGAAGAGAAGCACGAGCAACACAAUGAAGAAAGAGAUCGGGAAGAUGAGGGAGUGGAGGAGAAAAAAAGGAAAGUGUACAAAGUGUUAGGAAGACUAACAGCGCAAGGAAAGACUUACCUGGUAGAUGAAGAAGAGUUGAGGAGGAGGGUCAAAGGAGAAAACAUGUCCACAAACAUGUUCCGAAUGUUGAUAAGGGUUGGCAAAAAAGAUGUUACACCCAAUGUGCUGCAGCAGCCUAGAAAGGCAAAGACAAAGGUGACAAUAUUCAGCACCUUAACAGAGGGAGAGGCGGAAGACAUUGCCAAGGGGUUUGGCAUGGCACUGGCCAAACAUGAUACCCGAGGAGGACAUCCCAGCAACACUGCUACUAAGAUCACUGCACAAGUCAUCAGCAGAUCUAUGGGUAGCCAGGUGUCUGUCAACUUGACAGAGAUAUACGAUAAUGACAAAGCUGUCUUGCUCAAUGCCCUGGUGUCACAGCAGGGCCUCUUUGGUGACUGCAUGAGUGCAUUCACCAAGCUGUUCCAAACAGCUAAGAAGCAGCACCCUGCAAAGCUCAGUGCCUCCACCACUCCAGCUCCCCAGAAAGAGGAGACUGAGCCAGCGGCUGUUGCUCAAGCAUAA